CCGUUGGCGCUAAUUUCCCCCGAUUCAGGAAGUGAGGCAAUGGGAGGGUCGCGAAGAAAAUUGAAGCGAUCAAAGCCAAAGGUGCGGGUGGGACUGCCAAAGAAGAAGCCAGGAGUAUUCAAGCCUACGUCUCAUCUUCCUCCAAAGCUUUUGCACUCCUUGGCUGACAGAGACCCUAAAUGGGACGACAAAGGUAGCGUCAUUCACAAUUACAAGUCCUUUGGCGUCGUCUCCAAUCCCAACUUGCUCAGCGUUCGAUCUCGUACUCCUCAUAUUGUGGAAAGCGAUUCCCUUCAGGUUCCCCUUCCUUCUUCCGCCACCGAUGAUGCUCCCGCCGAAUCUGAGCUCCUCGAUUCCGGAAGCGACCUCGAAGAAGACGACUUGAAAUCAGCCUUGGGAAAGAAGCGAAGGGAUGGAAAAAGUGCACCACCUCAACCUUUGACAGCAAUGCAGCGGCUUCAUAUUGGACGACUGAUAGAUAAAUAUGGAGAUGAUUAUCAGGGUAUGUUCAUGGAUAUGAAGCUAAAUCCCAUGCAGCAUUCAAUUGCCACUCUACAGAAACUCUGUGAGAGGUACCAUAUGUAUAAAAAUAAGAAUCCCCUGCUUGUGGCUAAUUCUUAAAUACUCUGGACUACCGGCAUGACUAUGAAACGUGUAUCCCUGGAUGACAUGCUGAAGCUGCAUUUGGACCUGGGGAUGUUAUAUUCGCUUCGGAUCAGCCAAAUUUUGUGACAGAGAGGACGUGCUUUUAAUUAUUAUGUAUUUUUCAAUCGUUUGGAUAUUUUAAAUGGUACUGGGUUAUCACGAAAUCAAGUCAUCAAAUAUAAUGUAUGGGCACAAUUCGGUGCGCACGCGCGAAGAUGAUGCAUGCCGUACUUACUAUCGGAGGUUGUAAAAUCUUGGUAGUGUAACUAAAGAUGGACAAGUCAUAUUCAGUUAAACCUUAUCAAGCCUUAUUGUCAACUAUUGUUAAAGUGA